AUGGAACAGGCUGGUCCUGGAGGACGUCGUAUUCCUUACAGUGUAAGAAAGGGAAGACUUCGUCAAGCCAAACAAGCAGAAGAGGGGAAACUAUUGGCUACUAGUGUCAAUAAGGCGGAAGAAAACAGGGAGAAAAAGAAAGAUACUAAGGCUUAUGUCGUCGAGGUUCAGAUACCCGUAACACCGGAGCCUAUAGUGUUGCAAAGUAAAUUUCCUAUAGACGAAUCUGCAGUGAUGAACUUUAGCCAACCUGCUGGACCAGAGCCUGUCGUGGACAAUAGACCAGUGAAGGUAGAAAUGGUAAGCUCAGUCAAGACCGCACAGCCGACUGAGACGCCAGAGCCUGUAGUGGUGAAGCAAGCCCCACCUGCAGAACUGGAGCCUGUCAAGGAAACACUUGUCACAGGGCCGGACACUGCUACGGUGGUGGAAGCACUACCUGCCCAACCAAAACCUGUGAUGAUAGAGGAGGCACCACUUGGUAAAUCAGAGCAUACAAUUGAGGAAACAAAAAAACCUGUCACAGUUGAAGUUAUCAAAGCAAUAGUUGAGGAUGAAGUUCUUGCUACUCCUAUUAUAAAGGAUGAAAAAGUUUCUGUGCAUCCUGUUGUGGAGAAAGAGCCAGCACCACCUCCUCCCAAGAUGGAAACCCCUUCUGCACCUGUUGAUGAGGAAAAUGUUGAAAUUAUACCUGCAGCAACUCGACUGAAAGGAAUAAAUCUUCUGUUUUCUUUGUUGAAGGGAGAGGUUAAUGAUUUUAAAUGUGUGCCUUCUUUUCUUUCUUUUUCCUCUCUCUCUCUCUCUCUCUCUCUCCCCUUCACUGAUGCGUAUACAUGGGGCUUUCAUUUCUUAUUUGUUGUUCUCCUCACUGUUUUGCUGUCCAUUGAAUUAUGUUAA